GAGAAUCACCACGAUGUCGCUACGCUUUGGAUCACGGAGGGUACGCGGGAGGAUCAUCUGGAGGCCAACAGCAUGUUCCAAUGGCUCGAAGACGUCUUCAAAAGUGCCGCCGGCAUGGCAGACAGCCCGAGCUGUCGCGUCGACGCCGACCGCUGAGAAAGUUCUGUUUCCUGGAGCAUUGAAUAGCGAAUUCACGAACACCCUUAAGUUCCUUACACCAUCGACGAAUAAAGCGAUUCCUACGUACCGCGUUAUGGACCAGUCGGGGCGAGUGUUAGACAAGGAAGUUGGGGUAGAUACUGGAGAAGAAGAGGCGUUGGCAUUGUACAAGAACAUGGUUUGCUUGAGCAUCAUGGACCUCCUCAUGUUCGAAGCGCAAAGACAAGGAAGGUUGAGCUUCUACAUGGUCUCCGCCGGCGAAGAAGGCAUAGCCGUCGGAUCCGCGAGCGCUCUCUCCCCAGCUGAUGUAAUCUUCUGUCAAUAUCGCGAAUCCGGCGUGUACAUGCAGCGCGGCUUCACCCUCGACGACUUCAUGAACCAGCUUUUCUCAAAUAGAAAGGAUGCCGGCCUUGGUAGAAACAUGCCUGUCCACUACGGUAGUAAAAAACUCAACAUCCACACUAUUUCCUCCACACUUGCAACGCAAAUACCCCACACAGCAGGCGCAGCCUACGCCCUCAAGCUCCAGAAUAUGCAACAGCCGGAUGUGCCACCACGGAUAGCUGUUUGCUACUUUGGUGAGGGCGCUGCAAGCGAAGGCGACUUUCAUGCUGCACUAAAUAUUGCCGCGACGAGACAGGUGCCCGCUAUCUUCAUCUGCAGGAAUAACGGAUAUGCGAUUUCGACACCGACCAGUGACCAGUAUCGGGGUGAUGGAAUAGCGAGCCGUGGAGCUGGCUACGGCAUCGAUACCCUCCGCGUCGACGGCAACGACAUUUUCGCCGUGCGCCGCGCUACGAAAGAAGCCCGUCGUCUCGCCCUCGAGAAUGGUGGCAAGCCCGUCCUGAUCGAAAUGAUGGCGUACCGCGUUGGCCACCACAGCACAUCCGACGAUAGCUUCGCCUACCGGCAGCGCGUCGAAGUCGAAGACUGGAAGCGCCGCGACAACCCCAUCACCCGCCUCCGAAAGUGGCUAGAAGGGCGAAAUCUAUGGGACGAAGACAAAGAAAGGGAACUCAGAAGUCGGCAAAGGAAAGAGAUUCUCGCCGCUUUUGACAGAGCGGAGAAGGAGAAGAAGCCUGCGAUCAAGCAUGCUUUCGAGGAUGUUUGGGAGCAUAUGACGGAGGAACAGAAGAUGCACGUUGAGGAGUUGAAAGACAUACUGCAUAGAUAUCCGAAGGAGUACGAUGUUGAGCAGCAUGAGGGUGGUGUGGCAUCGCUGGACGAGCUAUUGCAGCCAAAGAGGUAGAAUAGUACGAAUCAUGAAAAGAUCCAUUACUAGUCAUGUUUAGCUUCAACUUCUUAUAGCGCAGGGGGAUUCGAGGGCCCCAAAAUCUCAAAUGCUUAGACAUG